UUUGGUGUAGCAAAACCCAAAAUCGGAUCCAAUCACCUAAAUUGGUGGUGACGUGCGCCGUUAACGCACUAAAAAGGAAUUCUCCCGCCAAGCAAUUAGCAAUAUUAAUUAAUAAACAUUAAUAAAGUUGUAAGAUCCAAAGCAAUCCUUCCAAGCCAAAAUUCUUCAAUGGAGCUUCCGGUGAUCGAUCUCGCACCCUAUCUGGAGAAAGAGUUGGAUUCCCAAAUUAAGAGUCUGUGCUGUGAGGUGAGUCGAACCCUAAAGGAAACUGGAGCUUUACUGGUGAAGGAUCCAAGGUGCACCGCUGAAGAUAAUGACAGGUUUAUUGAUAUGAUGGAAAAGUACUUCCAACAGCCUGAAGAGUUUAAACGCCUUCAGGAGCGCCCUCAUCUACACUAUCAGGUCGGGGUGACACCUGAAGGAGUUGAAGUCCCUCGUAGCCUGGUUGAUGAGGAAAUGAAAGAGAAGCUUAAAGCAAUGCCUAAAGAAUAUCAACCAUCUAGUCCAUCUGGACCAGAUCCUAAAUGGCGAUAUAUGUGGAGAGUUGGUCCUCGUCCGGAGAUUACCCGAUUUAAGGAACUGAAUUCAGAGCCAGUAAUACCAGAGGGCUUUCCUGAAUGGAAAUGUACUAUGGACUCAUGGGGAUAUAAGAUGAUAUCUGCUAUAGAGUGCGUUGCUGAAAUGGCUGCCAUUGGCUUUGGUCUGUCAAAGGAUGCAUUUACUUCCCUAAUGCAGCAGGGACCACAUCUGCUUGCUCCAACGGGAAGCGACCUGAGGCGUUAUGCCAAAGAGGGAACAGUAUUUGCAGGAUAUCACUAUGACCUGAACUUCCUUACAAUCCAUGGGAGAAGUCGAUUUCCUGGUCUAAGUAUUUGGCUUAGAAAUGGGCAAAAGAUGCAAGUGAAGGUUCCUGUAGGAUGCCUCCUUAUUCAGACAGGAAAGCAGAUAGAAUGGUUGACUGCUGGAGAAUGCAUGGCUGGCAUGCAUGAGGUUGUUGUAACUAAUAGGACCACUGAUGCAAUUAAACGAGCUCUGGAGCAAAAUCGCAGUCUGUGGAGAGUAUCCUCAACGCUAUUCGCACACAUAGCAUCAGAUGCAGUGCUAAAACCUUUAGGGCAUUUUUCGGACGCUCCUCUUGCAAGCAAGUAUCCUCCCAUUUGUGCAGGUGAAUUUGUUGAACAAGAGCUUGCUAUCAUAAAUCUUAAAGGUGAUAUGGAGCUUGAUAAUCCCUAUUCAAGAUAGUAAGUGGAUACCUGUAGCACCCAAGGAGCUAUAAAAGAAGCAAGUUGAAAUUACAUUCUUUUGUCAAUUCGUGUCCAGUAAACAAGCACAAGGGCAGAAGAGCCUUUAUCAAGGUGCAAAGUCUAAUUGUAUCAUCAAUGCAGUAUUUACUUUGUUCAAGACUCGAAGUGAUUGGGCUUAUUUCCCAAUUGACUGCAAUAUGUGCUAUAUUUGUUUUAGAGAAAAUGACACUUGGAGCUCCUUUUAAAUAUUUAA